GUGGCUUUGGAUCCUCGUACGCCAUGACAGAUGCCACCCCUGUCCGCCUUAUAGUGGAGGGCGCGUGCUCUGUACCUUUAAGGUAUGUCGCCCCAGAAGUCCUGGCCGGACGUGGAGUCCCAUGCGACCAAAAGGGUGACAUUUGGUCUCUUGGAUGCACAUCCUCACAGGUAUUCCACGCCUCUUGUGUACCAAUUGGGAUCUCACCGUUUUCAGAUGCUCCUCGGCAGACGUCCCUACGAGAGUAUCCGCAACGACUUCCACGUUCCAUUCGCGGUCGCGAGACAGGUGGCUCCCUAUACGUGGGACUAUUCGGACCCUUACCAUCAAGCACUUCAGAGCUGCCUCACACGUGAUCCUUCACAGCGUGCCGCCGCCAGUGACGUUGUCGAAAGAGUAGGAUUGGUCGUUGCCCUUUCAGAAAUCCGGCGCCAGCUUCUCGAAGUGGAAGAACGCAAUCUCACGGGUAGAAUCCAAAUUAUUGGAGAUAUAUUUGAAGACGGCUCUGGUGUACGAUCUAGAGGGAUUUGUGAUGGGGAGGGCGUUUGUGUCCGAUAUUCCAAUAACAUUUCAGCGUCGGAUGGAAAUGGGAUCCUCGAUGGACAGAUCCUUAAUAUCAAAAGGCACGUACGUAUAUGGGGCCGACUUGUCCAUCGAAAUAUAGAGGCUUUUCGUGGGUGGGCUUUGAACGUGGAAGAACGCAGACUUCGUGUUGGCUUUAUCUCAACCUGGCGAGAGAGCGUGGCUGUGAGGCGCUAUCUGCAGCAGAACCCAAGUGCAGAUCGGCGUGUAUUGGUGCGUGGCGUUGCACAAGGCCUUUUUUAUUUGCACUCGGAGGGGGUCGUACAUGCAAAUAUUCACCCAGACAACGUUAUGAUUGGGAAUCAAGGGGAUCCAUAUUUGCGUGGCUUCGACUUCUCGUAUGAUCAUCGGUUCGAGGUGCCUCCAUACGGUUAUUAUGAUGGCCUACAUCAUAAUGGUUUACAACGAUUCAUGCCUCCAGAGUUGCUGGAUGGUUCGAUACGAGUACCCACGCAAACGAGCGAUGUCUGGGCAUUUGGAUGCGUUUCUGAUACUCACUAGCCAACCUCCCUAUGCUGGGCUGAGUGAUUCGCAAAUAAUUGCGGUGGCGAGCUCUGUCACACCCUACAAAUGGGACAGCGCAGACUCGUUUGAAACUCUAUCUAUCGCUGCACCAACUGCUUCUAGUGGCGUUCCUCCAUUCA